ACUGGAGGGGGGGGGGGGAUCCCUUGCCGUCAGGCCGACUCCCCAGGGAGAAGCUCACCGCCGUCUGCAAGCCGGCUCCUGGCUGACGACCCCUUUCGGUGAAGUGCAAACGUUAAAUCCUGUGGACGCUGAACACGUGUUUGGGAUUAACAUCGCCGGCCCCCCAAAGUGCGUUACGCUCCAGAAAUGCACAGGGAUUUCCAUGGUUACGGCAGCUCGCAGCUUAUCCCGCUCUCACCCGGAGCAUGAAGUGUCUCCGUAAGGACCAAGGAUAAACCGGCAUUUUUGUGAAUCCAUCUUCUCAUCAUUAUAAGCUGCUCCCUCCCGGCGAGGCGAUGAGAGCCCUCUGAAGUGAGCGCGGCCGAACCCCUCUCACGGAGCAUGCCUCUGAGUCCGGCAGCCGGCAAACAUGAGCCAGCGGGGCAGCAGCGGAGGCAGGAGGCAGCGCAGACGCAGCAGUGGCAGCAGCAGACGCAGCAGUGGCAGCAGCAGACGCAGCAGCCGCAGCCGUGCACGGCCAACGGCGACCAGGCCGACUCCGACAGCUCCAGGGACGAGCCCAUCUACGACAACGUCUGCGCCCUGGCCGAGACCAUGACCUACGGCGAACCCAUGGAGGAGCCCCAGGGCAACACGGUGGUUAUCCGCAUAGGCAUCCCGGACCUGCAGCAAACUAAAUGCAUGAAGUUCAACAUGGAGGCGCCCAUCUGGUCCUCCAAGCAGCGUAUCCUGUGUACUCUGAAUCAGAGCCUGAAGGACGUGCUGAACUACGGCCUGUUCCAGCCGGCCUACAACAGCAAGGCCGGCAAGUUCCUGGAUGAGGAGCGGCUGCUGAAGGAGUACCCUCUGCCAGCCAUCGCCCCCGUGCCCUACCUGGAGUUCCGGUACAAGCGGCGUGUGUACACCCAGAGCCACCUGGAUGAUAAGCAACUGGCCAAGCUUCACACCAAGGCAAACCUGAAGAAGUUCAUGGAAUAUGUGCAGCAGAGGAACGUCGAAAAGGUCUCCAAGUUCCUGGAGAAAGGGCUCGAUCCUAAUUUCCAGGACCCAGAGACAGGAGAAUCUCCCCUGACCAUGGCAGCCCAGCUGGACGGCUGUGCGGAGCUGAUCAAGGUGCUGAAGAAUGGAGGCGCUCACCUGGACUUCAGGACCCGGGAUGGCAUAACGGCCCUGCACAAGGCUGUGAGGAGCAAGAACCACACGGCCCUCAUCACGCUGCUGGACCUGGGCGCGUCCCCGGACUACAAGGACAGCCGGGGCCUGAGUCCACUCUACCACAGCUCCAUGGUGGGGGGAGACCCCUACUGCUGCGAGCUGCUGCUGCAUGACCACGCACAGCUGGGCUGCAUGGACGAGAACGGCUGGCAGGAGAUCCACCAGGCCUGCCGCCACGGCCACGUGCAGCACCUGGAGCACCUACUGUUCUACGGGGCGAACAUGAGCGCGCAGAAUGCUUCGGGGAACACAGCACUGCAUGUCUGCGCCCUCUACAAUCAGGAUAGCUGUGCCAGAGUUCUGCUGUUUCGGGGAGCAAAUAAAGAAAUUAAGAACUACAACAGUCAAACAGCAUUCCAGGUGGCCAUUAUCGCUGGGAAUUUCGACCUGGCGGAGAUCAUAAAGAUCCACAAAGUAUCAGAUGUAGUGCCUUUCAGGGAAACCCCGUCGUAUACCAGCCGGCGACGGGCCACGGGCACCGGCACGCUCACGUCGCCACGCUCGCUGCUGCGCUCCACCAGUGACAACAACCUGAACGCUGAUGGCCGGCCUGCCAACUCUCCGGCACCAUCCCUGCGCAGCCUGCCCCCGCUGGCCGGGCCUCCGCCGCCUCCGCCGGAUGUGGCCGACAGCAGCUUGCAGAGCACAGCCAGCUCCCGCAGCUCGCACUCCCGCUCACCAUCCCUGCAGUGCGUGCAGGAGGAGGCCGACAAGCUCAGCCUGCCCCGACCCGGCCGAGGCCGCCUCAGCCCCAGCACGGUGCAGCGGGACCCCAGUCCUCCUCCGCAGUCUCCUGCCCUCACCGGGCCCCGGGGCCCCAAACGGAAACUGUACAGCGCUGUCCCUGGCCGGACCUUCAUCGUAGUGAAGCCCUACACGCCUCAGGGGGAAGGCGAGAUCCAGCUGAACCGAGGGGAGAGAGUGAAGGUGCUGAGCAUCGGCGAAGGGGGAUUCUGGGAAGGCACCGUCAAGGGCCGGACUGGCUGGUUCCCCGCGGAAUGUGUGGAGGAGGUGCAGAUGCGACAGUAUGACCCGCGACUGGAGACCCGGGAGGACCGCACGAAGAGGCUGUUCAGGCACUACACUGUGGGAUCUUACGAUAACUUCACGUCGUACAGCGACUACAUCAUCGAGGAGAAGAAUGCUGUCCUGCAGAAGAAGGAAAAUGAGGGAUUCGGCUUUGUCUUGCGAGGAGCCAAAGCGGAGACGCCCAUCGAGGAGUUCACGCCCACGCCAGCCUUCCCGGCACUGCAGUACCUGGAGUCCGUGGAUGUGGAAGGCGUGGCCUGGAGGGCGGGGCUUCGGACUGGAGACUUCCUCAUCGAGGUGAAUGGCGUCAACGUGGUGAAGGUGGGCCAUAAGCAGGUGGUCUCACUCAUCCGCCAAGGGGGCAACCACCUCCUCAUGAAAGUGGUCUCCGUAACCCGAAAGCCAGAGUCGGAAGAGGUUGUUCGGAAGAAAGCACCUCCGCCCCCCAAGCGGGCCCCCAGCACCACGUUGACGUUGCGCUCCAAGUCCAUGACCGCCGAGUUGGAGGAACUGGCUUCCGCAAGGAGAAGAAGAGGUGAAAGGCUGGAUGAUAUGCUGGGCUCCCAGGAGACCGGGCUACGGCCCCAGGCCACGGAGGCAGACUACCGGGCCGCCACCGUGAAGCAGCGACCAACCAGCAGGAGAAUCACACCAGCAGAGAUCAGUUCACUGUUUGAGCGCCAGGGGAUGGCCAUGCAUGGCGAAUUCCCCCCGAGCAUGGAGAAGAGCCACAUUCCAUUGCCGAAAGGGAUGUCCAGAACCAAGUCGUUUGGGGCAACGGAAGAGGAUCGACUGUCGGCACUGGCAGGGGAGCAUCGGUUUCCAAGGAGCUCGUCGAUGACAGACAGCCUCAGAGAGAGUCACAGCAUUCCUCCCCCUCCCCAAACUGCACCCCCUCCACCCCCAUCACCCUAUUACCUAGACACCGGCCCCCCCCCAGCAUUCUGCCCUCCCCCUCCCCCCGGCCGUUCUCAUGACCAAAGCCGCUCCAGCUUUAAACCAGGCGUGGAGGCUAAGGUCCAUGGCUUGACACAGGUGGUCACCACCGCUGAGAUCUAUGACCCACCCCGGCCCUCGGGCCACACCGAGCGGCAGAAGAAGUCCCGCUCCAUGAUCAUCCUGCAGGACUCCUCCCACUUACCUGUGGAGCCCACUGAAAUCCCCCGUCCCGGACCUUCCUCCACCCCUCCCGAAAAGAUCAAGAGGAAAGGGAGGGUGAUCGAUAACCCAUACGCCAACGUCGGUCAGUUCAGCAUCGGCCUGUACACCCCAACAAAACCCCAGCGCAAAAAGAGUCCCCUGGUCAAACAGCUGCAGGUGGAAGACGCUCAGGAGAGAGCAUCCUUGGCGUUGGCCUCCGCACAUGCCAGAGAGCACUCUCCCACUGGUCGGAUCCCCCACACAAGCAGGGCUGAGUACUACCAGCAGCAACUCCUGCAGGAGAGAGCCCGAGCCUUAGGGGAUGGGCAACAGGGCAAAGGCCCCUUUGCCGCCGCGAUCGCAGGGGCCGUGAAAGACCGGGAGAAGCGUCUAGAGGAAAGGAGGAAAUCCACAGUCUUCCUGUCGGUCGGCACUGUCGAAGGUAGCACUACGGCACCCGAGCUGCCGUCCCUGACGCAGUCCCGCUCCGUUGACGAAAGGCUGCUUAGCAGGGAGCUGGGCCAGCUGCCUCCACCCGCUGCCGUGCUCCGGCCAUUACAGAGCGGGACCACCUUCAUCCACCCUUUGACCGGAAAGCCCCUAGACCCCAACUCCCCUCUGGCACUUGCGCUGGCCGCAAGAGAGCGGGCUCUGACAUCUCAGAGCCAGUCACCCGCCAGCAGCCCAGAGCCCAGGACUAAACACGAGAAACCGGGGCCUUUGUUCGUCGAUUCCCAGACCAAAGAGGCGGAGCGAAUGGAAGCUGAAGCGAGGCUAGUAUCUCCCCCCUUCUCACCGGGAGAUAGAUCAGGUUUAUCAGGCACAAUGACCCCACCCAAAACACAAUGGGGGACACCGACCACGCUUCGCAAAGAGAUUGAUACAAGGGCAGACAGAGUCGAGGAGAGGAAGCAGGAAGACAAGAAGAGCAUGAUCAUAAGCAUCGUGGAUACAUCUCAGCAGAAGACUGCUGGCCUCAUUAUGGUCCAUGCGACAAGUAAUGGACAAGAAGCUGGGCUUAGCAUGGAAGAGCCUUCUUUGUCACCACAGACCUCGCUUGCGGAGCCUUCCAAGCCGACCCUGGCUGAAAUCAAGCGAGCCCAGUCUCCAAGCCCCGAAGCCGCCCAGGCACAGCCGGCCGGCACAUCAGCGGAGAGGACGCUGGCUCAGGGUAGCUCCGAGGAGGAUGUAGAGCCUUACACUGUUACUCUCCCACCUGCUUUGCUGUCCUCCAGCGAUGAAGAGACCCGGGAAGAGCUUCGGAAGAUCGGCGUGGUGCCGCCACCCGACGAGUUUGCCAACGGCUUACAGCCGAAGAUGGACGAGAGCGCAGCCAGCCCAGCACUGGCUAAGCCGGCCACGCCUUCCGCCCCAACCCAAGCAGCAACAGCAGCAGCAGCACACCCUGCUAGCGGAACAGCCUCAGGGAAGCCUUCAGACACCCACCUGGUGCCUGAGUCUGCAGCCGACUCUGGGGUGGAAGAGGUGGACACCCGCAGCUCCAGCGACCACCACCUGGAGACCACGAGCACCAUCUCCACGGUCUCCAGCAUGUCCACGCUGUCGUCGGAGAGCAGCGAGCCCACCGACACGUACACCUCCUACGCCGACGGGCAGACUUUUAUACUCGACAAGCCGCCAGUGCCUCCAAAGCCCAAACUCAAGUCCCAGCUCAGCAAGGGGCCUGUGACCUUCAGGGACCCUCUACUGAAGCAGUCCUCGGAUAGCGAGCUCCUCUCCCAGCAACACGCGGCUGCACUGGCUGCGGCCGCCGGCACCGGCCGACCCCGCUACCUCUUCCAGAGAAGGUCCAAGCUUUGGGGGGAUCCCGUGGAGACGCGGCCGCUGCCCGGCCCCGAGGACGGCAAGCCCACUGUGAUCAGUGAACUGAGCUCCAGGCUCCAGCAGCUGAACAAGGACACGCGCUCGCUAGGGGAAGAGCCCAUGGGAGGAGAGCUCGACCCCGGAAGGAAGUCCCCAGUGGCAGGUGCCAGACUUUUCAGUAGUUUAGGAGAACUCCACACCAUCUCGCAGAGGAGUUAUGGAGCUACCUAUACCAUCCGACCGGGCAGCCGGUACCCUGUGACCCGCCGGACUCCCAGCCCCGGCAAGAGCUCUGGAGGCGUUUCCCCCGACAGGACCGACCCCUUAGGGCGGAGCUACGGCCUGCCCACGUCCCCUUCUGCCCCACCCACCAUCCUCAAGUCGUCGAGCCUGAGUAUCCCACACGAGCCCAAGGAGGUCCGCUUCGUGACGCGUAGCGCCAGCGCCCGCAGCCGCUCGCCCUCGCCGUCGCCCUCGCCCACGCUGGCCUCCCCCCUACUCACGCUCAGACCCUUCCACCAGAAGCCCCUGCACCUGUGGAACAAGUACGACGUGGGCGACUGGCUGGAGAGCAUCAACCUGGGCGAGCACCGCGACCGCUUCCAGGAGCACGAGAUUGAGGGCUCGCAUCUGCCGGCCCUGACCAAGGACGACUUCGCCGAGCUGGGAGUGACGCGGGUGGGCCACCGCAUGAACAUCGAGCGCGCUCUCAAGCAGUUACUCGAGAGCUAACCCCCACCCAGACCUUUAGCUUCACCCCUUAUUUUCAGUGUUAAAUUAUCAAUGAAUAUUAAUUUAUUCGCUAGUCACGGUAUUUGCACUGAAUGCAAGAUGAGUAAAGUUAAAUUUGAAUCUCUGCCCACAACAAUAGCCCCUCCUUAGCCCCUCCCAUGAAGCCGAGAGCCAAUCAGCCAGUAUAUUUUUAGUUUGGAGUGAAUGGUGCAUGAACUCCAUUUAGAAAGAAUCACCUACGAAUGGACACCCCCCCCCCCCCCACACCCAAAUCAUCUCCCUCCCCAAAUCAUGCUGUUUUUGGGCCUCUGAAAGUUUUCCGACUUGAACACCAUGUUAGAGAAGGAAAAUUCAGUUGCCUUUAAAGGAUACUUUUUUAGAGAUCAACAACGGUGAGCAAACGAUUAAAAAGGACGUCAAAUUUUCUUGGUGAGGGAUUUUUGGCUGCCUCACGCAUUUGGAAUUUUUAAUACAGCGUUUUCACACUUUCCAGUUUGGGGGGUGGGGGGGGGGACGAGUUUGUAACUCUCAGACCCUUUUAUUGACAGUGGUGUCUGUUCUGUUAGGAGAAUGUUUAACCAAAACUAGCGGCUUUGAAAAGAAUUUACAGCUAAUAAUAAGUAGAUAAGGCUUACGUAUUUAGAUAACAGCAAAGAAAUAUAAAAAAAAAAUCCUGAAAAAAUACGUAAUCACUUGUGUCCUACUACAAGUUUGAGGGUAUACAAGUAAAAAUAUAUAGUC